UCCCACUUAGUGGGUAUGGGCCAUAGUCUGGAGUCGUCAUCAUCAUCAUUAUUGUUAUCAGGUAGAGGGCGCGGCAGGUACGGCCGCAACAGCGCGCAAGCCAAGGGUUCCCUUGCAGGCGCCAGGCCCCAUGUCGGCGCCGGCGUCGUCCGCGGAGUCCUCCCACUGGAGUCAGCCAAGCCAACAAAGCACGUUCUGGAGCCAGCAGGACGCGGAUGCCAACGUAGUUACGCCGACAGCAUCUCGAACAGCCGCAGCACCAACGCCUUGGCCAGCGAAGAGGCGGGGCACUCGCAGCGCGGGCCUGGCGAGCACAGCGGGGAACGGGGCGGCGACAGCAGAAAGCGGCCGGCGGCGCGGCGGUCGUCUUCUACGGGCACACGAUGGCUCCUCAACAAGGAGCCCAAGUUGUGCGUCAACACGGUCUACAUGCUCUUCCUGGCGGCCGGCAUGAUCGUGGCCUGCACGGCCUACAUGACCGGCUACGUGGCGUCGUACCAGCACCGGCUGUUCGCGAGGGACGCCACCAACAAGAAGGUCUGCCGCAAUCAGGUCUGCAAGGAGGUGGCGCGAAGCAUCGCUCGCUCUCUCAACCGAAGCGUGGACCCGUGCAAGAACUUCUACCGGUUCGUCUGCGACGGUUGGAAGCGCAAACACCCCGUGCGCCGCAACGAGGUGCGAAGCAGCCCGUUCUCGCUCGUCGGCAAAGAGUUGGACACCGUUAUCAAGAAAGCGUUGAGCAAGGUCUCCAUCACGGGCAAGAAGCAAGGCGCCCUCGAAAAAGCGGCCGUUAUGUAUCACGAGUGUCUUAAUAACUACGAAAUGACCAACUCUACACGAUCCAUGAAGGUCCUCACGGAGCUGCUUCGCUACUUGCACAUGCCAUGGCCUUCUCUGGACGCGAACCACACUGUGGACCUGUUUGACAUUAUCGUGCAACUUUCGUUGCGCUGGUCCAUCCCGAGCCUUUUCAGCAUCUCGGUUAUCCCAGACCCGGAGGACACCAAGACCAACAUUCUGGUUAUUAACACCAUGGAGAACCUCGAAAUGGGCUUUCACCAGCUGCAGUCAAACAAUCAGACGAAAAAUGACACGCAGGACAUCCUAUUCAUGAAGAUGGUGCAGAAAAUCGCCUCUAUCAUGGGUAACAACGACACGAACUACAAAUCUCUCGCCGAGAACGUCGUUAUGGCGCCUAUUGUCAUCGCCUCGGUAAAACACUUCCACUUCGAGGUGCUAGGAAGGUCUGAUGCAUGGCCGCCGAAGAAGUACCAAAUCAAGCACCUAGAAAACUUAACACCGCAGGUGAACUCUACACGCUGGAUGUCGGUCAUAAACAAAUACCUGCCAGCAAACGUCCAAGUACGAGAAACUGAUGAAAUUAUCGUCAUGAGUCCGGGAUAUCUGUGGCUAGUGACAAGCUUGCUGCAUCAGAAUAAUACCAUUAAGAUGUUCCACGAUUUCAUUGGUUGGUCCAUUGCGUUUCUUCUGGGACCCCUCUCAUCAAGAGAAAUUAGAGAAGCAGUCAGUGCAUAUGGCCAAGAAGUCGGCAUGGACUUCACUGACAUAGACAAGGAAAAGCUCUGCAGGAAGGACGUUGAAGAUUACUUGCCGAUGCCGUACGGUGCCAUUUUUGUUCAGUCUUACACACCAGACUACAUAAAGGACGAUGCUAAGGUCGUCGUCGAUCACAUCAAAUUGGCUUUUGCCUAUGCACUGAGGCUGAACACGUGGAUGGACGACCAGACAAGAACGAGGGCAAUGGCCAAAGUGCAGAGAAUCGUCUCUCAUGUCGCCUACCCUGAUUGGAUAAAGAACAAAACAGAACUAGAUGAAUCCCACGCCGACAUUCCCGAUAUAGAGGGUCCCUACAUAAAGAUCCUCAUGAACCUCAAAGAAGUCUACACAUUUAGAUCACUGUCGCUGCUUCGCCAAACAAACACCAGAGAUGAAGAGUACUGGACUUUCAGUCCGGCUACACUGAAUGCGUUCUACGAGCACUCUACCAACAGUAUCACUAUACCAGCUGCUAUCCUCAACUUCCCCUUCUACUCCUAUGGUCUGCCCCCUGCCAUGAACUAUGGCAGCAUCGGUGCCAUCAUCGGCCAUGAGAUUAGUCACGCUUUCGACACCCUCGGAAGCCACUUUGAUGACAGUGGGAACCUGCGCAACUGGUGGACUAAGGAGACAAAGAGCAACUUCAUCCUCAAGAACUACUGCUUCGUGCUACAGUACAACAGCAUCUACGAGCCGCACAGCAAACGCUACCUCAAUGGCAAGCAGACCCUGUCAGAGAACAUAGCGGACAAUGGUGGCCUCAGGCAGUCAUUCCACGCCUACCGGUUGCACGUCGACGAGCACCCUGGCGGCAAGGAGGAGAACAUACCCCUGGAGGGCCUCGAAGAGUUCACUCCAGACCAGCUCUUCUUCAUCAGCAGCGCAUACAAAUGGUGCGCUGACAUCAACCCCAAGGCCGUCAAGAUGAUAAUGAAUUCAGACUCCCACUCAUUAGAGGAGUACCGCUGCAACGUGGCUGUCGAGAACAUGGUAGAGUUCGCAAAGGCCUUCCAGUGCAGCCCCAACGAGGAAAUGAACCCAGCGAAAAAAUGCGUUGUGUGGUGAAACACAGCUGCAACACAUUUCGUUAGGGAUCUGGGCCGUGUUGCCUGCAUGGCUGCUGCUCUGGCGAUGAAAGUGACACCAUUGUCACAGUGUAUAGUGCUUUGCGUUGCGACACUGCUGGUGACCGCCACUGCUUAUGGCCUCAAGGUCAGAUGUCGACACAAGGCAUCCAGUGUUCCUGCCACUUCAUGCAGUGCACAAAAGAAAGUGCACAAGACUUUCAAAUUUAAAUGCUCUUUAUUAAAGAAAAUUCAAUCUGGAACAA